CGUAGUAAAACCAUGUAAAGAUGGCGGAGUUACAAAUGCUGCUGGAGGAGGAAAUUCCUGCAGGACGGAGAGCUUUACUGGACAGUUUCACCAACCUGGAGCGAGUGGCAGAGUACUGCGAGAGCAACUAUGUCCAGUCGGCAGACAAGCAGCGGGCGCUGGAGGAGACCAAAAGCUACACCACGCAGUCGCUGGCGAGCGUGGCCUACCUCAUCAACACGCUGGCCAACAACGUGCUGCAGAUGCUCGACAUCCAGGCGUCGCAGCUCCGCCGCAUGGAGAGCUCCGUCAACCACAUCUCCCAGACGGUCGACAUCCACAAGGAGAAGGUGGCGAGGCGGGAGAUCGGCAUCCUGACGACCAAUAAAAACACUUCCCGCUCACACAAAAUCAUCGCCCCGGCCAAUCCGGAGCGACCGGUGCGUUACAUCAGGAAGCCGAUUGACUACAGCGUGCUGGACGACAUCGGCCAUGGAGUCAAGUGGUUGUUGAGGUUCAAGGUGAACGGGCAGCAGAACAUGAAGCUCGGAGGCGGCCUGUCCCGGUCCAACCCCCCCACCCAGAAACCCCCCAGCCCUCCCAAGACGGUCAAGGGCAUCUUAGGGAAGAACUCCCCCUACAGGACACUGGAGCCAGUGCGCCCCCCUGUGGUGCCAAACGACUAUGUCCCCAGCCCCACCAGAAACAGUAUGGCCGCCGGGCAGCUUCCCAGUCCAGCCCGCACCGCCACGCUCAACCAUCGACCCCGAACAUACAGCGGCAGCAGCGGUGGCAGUCACCCCAGCAGCAGCAGUCGCAGCAGCAGCAGGGAGAACAGCGGCAGCGGCAGUGUCGGGGUUCCCAUCGCCGUACCGACACCCUCGCCACCCUCCGCCUUCCCAGCAGUUUCUCCGACUCCUGGACCUGCCGGCUCUCCCUCCACUGCUCCUAACUCCUCCCCUUCCUCCUCCUCUUCCUCCACCACAACCUUAACGCACCCCAACGCCCCCUUGCAACCAAACUCACCUCCUCCUCCUCUGCCUCAACCAAACUUGCAACCAAACGCACCCGACGACACCUCCCCGUCGCCUAACCCCUCCCCCGACACCUCCGAGGGCCAGUCGGCUGAUUUGUCAGGGGAGUUGCCUCCUCUCCUUCCUCCUCCCCCUCCUCUCUCCUCCUCUUCCUCGCCUGCUGAAGGUGGGAUCGUCCCUCAGUUCUACAGUAUGAACCGGCCCCAGCCCAGACAGCAGGCGCCUCAGGUGGGCGGGUCGCUGCCGUACCGCCGCCCCCCCUCUGUGACCGGGCAGCCAAUCACAACACAGAAUCAGGUCAACGGCGGACCCUACUACAACCAGAGUCCAGCCUCCCCUCCGCCCCCCUCCCUCCUCCAGUUCACCCCUCAGCUUCCUCUGAUGGGCUUCGUUGCUCGAGUUCAGGAGUCCAUCUCAGACGGUGCUCCUCCUCCGCCGGCCAUCGACAGCCAAUCAGGGCCUGAGGAGCCCCAUCCUGCCGCUCAGCCAUUGGAGGACGGGCAGGAAGGGGAGGAGUCAGCGGUGGUGGAGUACAGCGACCCGUACGCUGAGGAGGACCCGCCCUGGGCCCCGAGAACCUACCUGGAGAAAGUGGUGGCCAUCUACGACUACAUGGCUGAUAAAGAGGACGAGCUGUCGUUCCAGGAGGGAGCCAUCAUCUACGUGAUCAAGAAGAACGAGGACGGCUGGUAUGAGGGCGUGAUGAACGCCACCACCGGCCUCUUCCCCGGGAACUACGUCGAGUCCAUCAUGCACUACGCCGACUGAGCAACAAGAAUCACCUUUUGUUCUGGUUUUAUUUUUUAUUUUUUUCCUCCUCCUCCUCAUCUCCGGCCCCUCAUGUCUCUUCUGAUGCGAUCACACCCACAGCUGAUUUUCUUUGGCCCAAACCAGAGUGGAGAAGGUGGCAACGUGGCAUUUGUGUAUUUGGUUUCUUUUGGUUCAUAUUGAAAUGAAAAGCCAAGCAGGCAUCGUGAGCAAAAGAAUGAAGAAAGAUAUCAGCACCCGUAAUCUUUGCAUACUGCGGUUGUUACAGUACUGACUGCGUUCGCACAGUUCAGUCCUCCUGAAAGAGACCUGAACUGUGUUUUCAGGCAUGCUGAUGCUGUUAUUUGGCUCCUGAGUGCGAGUGGCAUCGCUUUCACCUGGAGAAAUGGACCUAAGCUAAAGGAGAAGUUGGAUCAAGCUGCUCCACACCUGCUGGAUAUAAGCGGACUCAAAGUUUCUGUCCCUUUACCCUCUCGUUGUCCCGGGGUCUUUUUCCUCUCGGUGUUUCUCCCCCCUCGUGAGAUCGAUGUGUUUUGGUUUUUAUCGCUCACUUUCUCACCUCACAUUUUAGCCCCACAGCCCCGCUGGGAAAUGAUCAAACAGACUCAUAUUUGACAGAAGUAGCCAUUCCCUCGGGGCUACAGACCUGAGAGCGUUGACAUUAUCGCCAUGCGGGAGCUGUGUAGAGGCGGCCAUAUGGCAUAUUUUGGGUCCAUUUCCAUAACCUAAUAAACCAGUGUCUGAGGAAGCUGGGAAAGUCCACUGGGCACUAAACACUAAAUCAAGAGACAAAUCGUUUCUGUAUCAGCAAGAAAAAUGCCCACCAGAAUCGGCCCUCAGUCUCACUUCCCAAAUGCAGCUAACAGGUCCAGGUUCCAGCGAUUAAAUUAUCUUUACCACGUAAACUCCCCCACACUCAUGUCCCUGCAAAGCAGAAACCAGCAGUAACUUUAAAAAGUGAAGCAUUUAUUAAUCCCCUCCCCUUUACUGUUCUUCUACCUGAAACCAAAGAGACACCCUCCAUUCCCAACCUUUUUUUGUCUCUUCUUACUUUUCGUACUUCUUUCCCACCGUUGAAGAAAGCAAAGUCCCAUCAUUUCUCCUCCUUUCUCUCCUUCCUUCUUCUCCAACCCUCUUCUGUUUCUCAUCUUACAAGUGAUGCCAACUAUCGAACACAAAAUCAGCUUCAGUGGGUCACACCAUCAUUUGAAGUCGUGGGGCCAUGUUACAGAAACAUCUGAUCUUAUGUCUACAGAGACGGAGAGUCUCAGGUUGGAUUUAAUCAGUUUUGUAUCACAAAAGCAAAUCCCAACCAACUUUAGGAAUCCUAUCUUACUUCAUUCCAGCAUCGCUGUCCUGCAGGGUCACAGCCGGAGGGCGGAGUUAGCUAACACAACCUGAUGAAGAAGUGAAAUGGUUUGGACGGAUUAGCAUUCAUCCUAAAGUAUUUAGGAUGAGUAUUUUUUAAGAGUUUGAGAAGUUAGGAUGCCUGCGUACUACACUUUUCCGAUCUUGAGUUAGGAUGGGAACGCUGAC